AUGACGCUGGUUCUGUCCAUGAAUAGAUUCUGCGAGCCCAUUGUCUCAGAAGGAGCUGCUGAAAUUGCUGGGUACCAAACGCUAUGGGAGGCUGACAGCUACAGAGGUGUGAGCCCCCCAGGGCCAGCACAGCUUCCUUUGCAGGGAGACCGAGGAGCCAGCCCUCAACUGGCAGGAUCACAUUACAGGGGAAUUCCAAAUCCUAUAAGCACAUCCAAGGUCACAUAUUUCAAGAGGAAGUACACAGAAGAGGAGGAUUCUCACCCAACACUCAGCAGCUGCAGCCGUAAAACCAUCUCCAUUUUUGAGGAGCGAGCGCACAUCCUUUACAUGUCCCUGGAGAAGCUCAGGUUCAUCGAUGACCCCGAGGUGUACCUGCGGAGAUCUGUCCUCAUCAACAACCUGAUGAAGAGGAUCCAUGGGGAGAUUCUCAUGCAGAGCAGCUGGUGCCUCCCUGCCUGUUCCCUCAGUGGCGCCUCUGCCCAAGAGUGGUUCCUGGCUCAAGACUGCCCGUACCGCAAACGGCCCCGGGUGGCCAAAGAGGAGUGGGAAAAGCUCCACACGUGCUGUUUUUACCAGGAGUGUGGUGGUCACUGCCUGAAUCUGCCCCUUUCUGUCAGUGCUGGCGUUGGAAGCCACGCAGCCACUGCCACACCCCCCUCCUCCUCCUCUCCCUCCCCCUCCUCCUCCUCCCUCUCCUCCCCCUCCUCUGCCUCCUCCUCCUCUUCCCCUCUGCCAUUGCCUAGUUGCUCCCACCAUGUGGACUUUGAUGUAGGCAGCACACCUAUUUACAAGAGCGAUGGCCAGAUACCGGCCAAUGAAAUUUUUGUCACUAGUAUUAGGUCCCUUGGUGUCCAGGAAAAGGUCAAAUUCAACGGUGGGAAAGUAAGUCAUGACACCAGCAGAGACAGUGACGGCCAAGAACCUCUGGGAAAUGACCUUGAUUUUGAGUGCAAAAGCCAAUUUUAUGAUUAUUUUGAGACUGGAUAUAAUGAGAAAAACCACAUGAGUGAGUCUUGGAAAAAGUCUUUGAGGAAAAAGGAACUUUCCCCAAGCAAUAAACUGUGCUGCGGCAAAGGGAGUAAGAUGUGA